GAUAAUCACGGCUCAACACGAGCUCAUCUCUUGUGUUACCUGUGACACCCUCGCAAUGACAAGACGGCACAGCAAAGGAGCUACGUAAGGGGAGUUUAAGGAUAUCGUAACUAUAACUGAAUUGAUUGUAUCUGUUUUGGAUAUACGUUUACAAUACUUACGUGGAGAUACACUGGAGUUCCCUUAGCCAAGAGUAGGCUCACACUAUCGGAAAAUACCUAUUUAUCACUUUCUCUACUCGCUGUAUGAAACUGAGAGUAGAGGCACCAUGAGUCGAAGAACACGGCGUUGGAUUUUUCGGGUUUUACUUUGCCUUGGGAUUGUGUAUUUAAAAAUUGGCGGCUUUUCAUCUGUGGUGGCACUAGGAGCUAGUAUAAUCUGUAACAAGAUUCCCGGUUUGGCUCCUCGGCAACGGAUUAUUUGCCAGAGUCGCCCCGAUGCCAUUAUCGUCAUCGGAGAGGGAGCCCAAAUGGGCAUCAACGAGUGUCAAUUUCAGUUUAAAAACGGGCGUUGGAACUGUUCUGCACUUGGAGAAAGGACAGUCUUCGGAAAAGAGUUGAAAGUGGGCAGUAAAGAGGCUGCAUUCACCUACGCCAUCAUCGCGGCCGGGGUGGCUCACGCCAUCACAGCGGCGUGCACGCAGGGCAAUCUGAGUGACUGCAGCUGUGACAAGGAGAAGCAGGGCUUCUACAGUAAGGGCCAGGGCUGGAAGUGGGGCGGCUGCUCGGCGGACAUCAGCUACGGCCUGGGCUUCUCCAAGGUCUUUGUCGAUGCCCGCGAGGUCAAGCAGAGUGCCAGGACACUCAUGAACCUGCACAACAACGAAGUCGGACGCAAGAUCCUGGAGAAGAACAUGCGUCUGGAAUGCAAGUGUCACGGUGUUUCAGGCUCCUGCACCACCAAAACCUGCUGGACUACACUUCCCAAGUUCCGCGAGCUUGGUUACAUUCUCAAAGAAAAGUAUGCCCAUGCAGUGCACGUGGAAUCAGUCAAAGCCAGCCGCAACAAGCGGCCUAAAUUCCUCAAAAUCAAAAAGCCCCACUCCUACCGGAAACCCAUGGAUACGGACCUGGUGUACAUAGACAGGUCUCCCAACUACUGUGAGGCGGACACUGUGACAGGAAGUAUGGGGACGCAGGGCCGGGUGUGUAACAAGACAGUGAUGCAGCAGAUCAGUGGCUGUGACCUGAUGUGCUGCGGACGGGGCUACAACACACACCAGUACUCCCGCGUGUGGCAGUGCAACUGCAAGUUCCUUUGGUGCUGCUACGUCAAGUGCAACACCUGCAGCGAGAGGACAGAGGUGUACACCUGCAAAUAAGAGUAUUUAUUGGUGUGUGUGUGUGUGUUAGCAUGGACACAGGGGAACAACCUCUAGGAUGCGGGUUUGCUUUACAGCCAUAGACAGAACUUAACGGAGGAUGGAGCAGUGAUGGUAUUUGCACAUGAUUCCCUCGUCAGACUCUUUAAGGAUAAACACUGGGAUGCCUGUGCUGUCUGCAAACAGGACUUGGUGGCUUCAGGACACGAACAUUGACACUGUUUGUCUCAUAGUUGUCUUUGGAGGGCCAAGGUGUUGCUUCUAUCUAGAACUAUAACAGGGCUGCGGGUAUUGUAUACACUGGCAUGUGAAUGGAGAGCAGGUAGAUGGAUACAUACCCCAAUGCUCCUCACUCAUGCUGGAUCAGAUUGCUGGACUGUGCUUACUACUGGAGUUAUCUUCUUCUGGCUAAAUAGGAUACUCAUACCUAUGCACAAAAUAAAUUAAAACUGCCAUCGGGAAUAUUUAACACAAUGUAUCUAGAGCAAAUAAAUGAUAUUAAUUUAUUCUAUAAAACAACUACUGAUUUUGUCAUUUUGGAACUGUAAGUCUUGUUUGAAUAGAUUAGGAACUUUUCUUAAUUAGAGUUUUGUGUUUUUGUAUACAUCCUAAUCUAGAACAUGCUAUAUACAGUAACACACUGGAAUUGAAUCAGCCUGGGAUAUGGUUUUAGACACAUGUUCCAGAUAAAGGUGGGGAUGAUGAGGCCACAUGGUUUCUCUCUGUUUGCUGCUAGUCUGGAGAAGCCCAUUUUUGUUAGUUUUUGUGCAUCAGCUCUGUUGAUGCACAACGCUCACUUCAAGCUGACUGUGUUUAACAAUAAUAAGUCAUAAAAACAAUACAAAAAACAGACACAUUUUCCACUUUUGGUAAAUAUUGGUAAAUAGAGUAUAUUUUGUAAAAGCUUAUUUUUAUAUGAAUGUCUUAUUUAUACCAUUGUAUCUUUUCUGACAGACUUUGAUAUCAAAUUGUUCCCUGACCCCUGUGUACAAAUCAUGUGAAACAGCUGAACCUGUAUGUGCUAAUCUGCUGCCACUGUCCUCACUGUAAACUGUGUGACUGAAAGUGUGAGUUAGUCUCCGUUGAUAUUUGGCUGUGUUUAAACUGCUGUUUUACUGCAUUUCAUGACUAGUAUGGAUGGAAUACAGAAACAGGACAACACUAACAA